AACACACCAAUCUCUUUCAGAAAUGCUUUGAACAAUAAAAGCUAAUUUACUAACAUUUCUGAAAAGUGAUAUAUAGUGUUUUGGAAUGAAACUCUUAUGUUUCCCCAUCUGAGCUCAGAGUAGAUGAGAGAUGUAAUGUUUGUCUCUGUUGUGUUGAAGACCAAUCAAGCAGGAGAGACCAGCCUCCCCUGUUCCCAGCUGUGUGUCUAUGAAGAGUGAUAAGUCUAUGGAUCAACCUAUAGUGUUUAGAGAGGGAGACUUUUCUACUGAACAAAGAAACCAACAGGAGAGAUCAGAGUCAGAGAUUCUCAGUGGUCAGUCUUCCCAGAGUCAUCAAACAGACCUGGCCUCCAUAUUCAGUAUGCUUGAAGAUAAAAUUAUGACAUUUGUGAAGAACGAGCUGAAGAUGUUCAAGAGGAUUCUUAGUCCAGAAUUCCCAGAAGGCUUUGAGAGUCAGAAACAGGAAGUGGUGGACCCUGAAGAUGAGCAGCAGGAGAGCAGUGCCAGAGAGGGGGCUCUGAAGAUCACACUGCACAUCCUGAGGAAAAUGAACCAGAAGGAGCUUGCUGACACACUGGAGAAAUAUUCAGAUGAGCUUGCUGUGAUUUGCCAACGUGAACUCAAAUCUAAUCUAAAGAAGAAGUUUCAAUGUGUAUUUGAGGGGAUCGCUAAACAAGGAAACCCAACACUUCUCAAUAAGAUCUACACAGAGCUCUACAUCACAGAGGGUGGAACAGGAGAGGUCAAUAAUGAACAUGAGCUGAGACAGAUUGAGACAACAACCAGGAAACAAGCAAGACCAGAGACUGCAAUCAAAUGUAACGACAUCUUCAAACCCUUAACUGGACAAGACAAACCUAUCAGAACUGUGCUGACAAAGGGAGUCGCUGGCAUUGGAAAAACAGUCUCUGUGCAGAAGUUCAUUCUGGACUGGGCUGAAGGAAAAGCAAAUCAGGAUGUCCAAUUUGUAUUUUCAUUCCCUUUUCGGGAGCUGAAUUUGAUGAAAGAGGACAAACACACUUUCAUUGAACUUCUUAAUCACUUCUCAAUGGAAACCAAACAAUCAGGAAUCUCCAUCUACAACAAGUACAAAGUUCUGUUCAUCUUUGAUGGUCUGGAUGAGUGCCGACUGCCCCUAGACUUCCAGAAGAACAAGAUCUGUUGGGACGUCACAGAGUCAACCUCAGUGGAUGUUCUGCUGACAAAUCUCAUCAAGGGAAAUCUGCUUCCCUCUGCUCUCCUCUGGAUAACUACCCGACCUGCAGCAGCCAAUAAGAUCCCUUCAGGGUGUGUUGACCAGGUGACAGAGGUACGAGGGUUCAAUGACCCACAGAAGGAGGAGUACUUCAGGAAGAGAUUCAGUGAUGAGGACCUGGCCAGCAGAAUCAUCUCACACAUAAAGACAUCAAGGAGCCUCCACAUCAUGUGCCACAUUCCAGUCUUCUGUUGGAUUUCUGCAACAGUCCUUGAACACAUGCUGAAACAUAAGAGAGAAGAGAUGCCCAAGACUCUGACUGAGAUGUACACACACCUUGUGGAGUUUCAUACCAAACAGAAGAAUGAAAAGUAUCUUGGGAAAGAAGAGACAGGUCCACACUGGAAUAAAGAGAGCAUUCUGUCACUGGGAAAACUGGCUUUUCAACAGCUUGUGAAAGGCAAUCUGAUUUUCUAUGAAGAAGACCUGAAAGAGGCUGGCAUUGAUGUUAAUGAAGCCUCAGUGUACUCAGGAUUGUGCACACAGCUCUUUAAAGAGGAAUGUGGGCUGUACCAGGACAAGGUGUACUGCUUCGUACAUCUGAGCAUUCAGGAGUUUCUGGCUGCUGUAUAUGUGUUCCUCUCAUUCAACAACAACAAUGAGAAUCUAAUGGAUGAACUGCAAACAAACGACAAGCCUGAAGUUGCUGAAGUUACUGUCUACAAGAGUGCUGUGGAUAAAGCCUUACAAAGUGAGACGGGAAACCUGGACCUUUUCCUCCGCUUCCUUCUGGGCCUCUCAUUGGAGUCCAAUCAGAAGCACUUACGAGGUCUACUGACAAAGACAAGAAUCAGCUCACAGAGCCAUGAAGAAACAGUCAAGUACAUCAAGGAGAAGAUCAGGAAAAAUCCCUCUCCAGAGAGGAGCAUCAAUCUGUUCCACUGUCUGAAUGAACUGAAUGACCAUUCUCUAGUGGAGGAGAUCCAAAGCUACCUGAGCUCAGGAAGUCUCUCAGAACCCAACCUGUCACCUGCACAGUGGUCAGCUCUGGUCUUUGUGUUGCUGACUUCAGAAAAGGAGCUGGAUGUGUUUGACCUGAAGAAAUACUCCAGAUCAGAGGAAGGUCUUCUGAGGCUGCUGCCAGUGGUCAAAGCCUCCAGAGCUGUUCUGCUGUCAGGCUGUGGAGUCACAGAGGAAGGCUGUGCUUCUCUGGUCUCAGCUCUGGAGUCAAACCCCUCACACCUGAGAGAGCUGGACCUGAGUAACAAUGACCUGAAGGAUUCAGGAGUGAAGCUGCUCUCUGCUGGACUGGGGAAUCCCCACUGUAAACUGGAGACUCUGAGGCUGUCAGGCUGUCUAGUCACAGAGGAAGGCUGUGCUUCUCUGGUCUCAGCUCUGAGGUCAAACCCCUCACACCUGAGAGAGCUGGACCUGAGCUACAAUCACCCAGGAGACUCAGGAGUCAGACUGCUCUCUGCUGGACUGGAGGAUCCACACUGCAGACUGGAGAAACUCAAUGUGGAACAUGGUGGAGAGAACAGAAUGAAACCUGGACUUAGAAAAUAUGUCUGUGAUCUCACACUGGACCCAAACACAGUAAACAGACACCUCUCUCUGUCUGAGGAGAACAGAAAGGUGACAUGGAGGACAGAGGAGCAGCCGUAUCCUGAUCACCCAGAGAGAUUUGAGGACUAUGGACAGGUGCUGUGUAGAGAGGGUCUGACUGGGCGCUGUUACUGGGAGGUAGAGUGGAGUGGGAGAAGGGGGGCUGAUAUAGGAGUGACAUAUAAAGGAAUCAGCAGGAGAGGAUGGGUUAAGGACUGUCUUAUUGGACACAAUAACAAGUCCUGCCAGGCACAAUAGUAAUCCCACUACCAUAGACGUCCCCUCCUCCAGCUCCCACAGAGUAGGAGUGUAUCUGGACUGGCCAGCCGGCACUCUGUCCUUCUAUAGAGCCUCCUCUGACACACUGACCCACCUGAUCACAUUCACCUCCACAUUCACUGAGCCCCUCUAUCCAGGGUUUAGGGUUUGGUGGGAUGGCGACUCAGUGUCUCUCUGUCAGUGACACACACACACACACACACACUGGACACACACACACACACUGGACACACACACACACACUGGACUCAUACACACACACUGGACACUGAGCCCCUCUAUCCAGGGUUUUGGGUUUGGGAUGUUGAUGGUAACUCAGUCUCCCUGAAAUAAUAACGGACACACACACACACACUGGACACACAAACACACACUGAACACACACACACUGAAUACACACACACACACACACACACACACACACACACACACACACACACACACGCUGGACAAACACACACUGGACAAAAACACACACACACACACUAGACACACUGAACACACACACACACUGGACACACACACACACACACACUGAACACAAACACACACACGCUGAACACAAACACACACACGCUGGACAAACACACACACACACACUGGACAAAAACACACACUAGACACACUGAACACACACACACACUGGACACACACACACACACACUGAACACAAACACACACACUGAACACACACACAAACACACACACACACACUGGACACACACACACACUGGACAAACACACACACACUGAACAGACACACACACACACACUGGACAAACACACACACACACUGGACACACACACACACACACUGAACACACACACACACACUGGACACACACACACACACUGAACACACACACACACACACACACACACUGGACACACACACACACUGAACACACUGAACACACACACACACACUGAACACACAAACACACUCCUCAGUGUCCCUGUAAAUAAUAAUGGUGGUUUGGUGACUCAGUGAUAUACACAGACAAACACUGGACACACACAGACACACACACACACUGAACACACACACAGACACUGGACACACACACACUGAACACACACACAGACACUGGACACACACACACACACACACACACUGAACACACACACACACACUGAACACACACACACUGGACACAGACAUACAUGCUGGACACACAGACACACACACGCUGGACACACACACACACACACGCUGGACACACACACACACACACGCUGGACACACACACACACACACGCUGGACACACACACACACACACGCUGGACACACACACACACACGCUGGACACAGACACACACACGCUGGACACAGACACACACACGCUGGACACAGACACACACACGCUGGACACAGACACACACACGCUGGACACAGACACACACACGCUGGACACAGACACACACGCUGGACACAGACACACACACGCUGGACACAGACACACACGCUGGACACACACACACACUGGACACACACACACACACUGGACACACACACACACACUGGACACACACACACACACUGGACACACACACACACACUGGACACACACACACACUGGACACACACACACACACACACACACACACUGGACACACACACACACACUGGACACACACACACUGGACACACACACACACUGGACACACACAUACUGGACACACACACACACAUACUGGACACACACACACACAUACUGGACACACACACACACAUACUGGACACACACACACACACUGGACACACAGACACACACUGGACACACAGACACACACUGGACACACAGACACACACUGGACACACAGACACACACACUGGACAAAUACACACACACACAGGACACACACACACACAGGACACACACACACACACGCUGGACACACACACACGCUGGACACACACGCUGGACACACACGCUGGACACACACACACACUGGACACACACACACACUGGACACACACUGGACACACACACACUGGACACACACACACACACACACACGCUGGACACAGACACACACACACACACGAUGGACACACACACAUGCUGGACACACACACACACAUACUGGACACACACACACAUACUGGACACACACAUACUGGACACACACACACAUACUGGACACACACAUACUGGACACACACACACACAUACUGGACACACACACACACACACACAUACUGGACACACACACACACACACACAUACUGGACACACACACACACACACACAUACUGGACACACACACACACACACACACACACACUGACACACACACACACUGGACACACACACACACACACACACACUGGACACACACACACACACACACACACACACACACACACACACACACACAUACUGGACACACACACACACACAUACUGGACACACACACACACAUAGGACACACAGACACACACUGGACACACAGACACACACACUGGACAAAUACACACACACACACACACACACAGGACACACACACACGCAGGACACACACACAGGACACACACACACGCAGGACACACACACACACACACAGGACACACACACACACACACAGGACACACACGCUGGACACACACACUGGACACACACGCUGGACACACACGCUGGGACACACACACACACACUGGACACACACACACACACUGGACACACACACACACACUGGACACACACACACACACUGGACACACACACACACUGGACACACACACACACUGGACACACACACACACUGGACACACACACACACUGGACACACACACACACUGGACACACACACACACACACUGGACACACACAUGCUGGACACACACACACCUGCUGGACACACAUACUGGACACACACACACAUACUGGACUCACACACUGGACUGGGACACACACACACACUGGACACACACACACACACUGGACACACACACACACACUGGACAAAUACACACACACACACACAUUCUGGACACACACACACAUGCGCGUCUUUCUAUAGUUGUGAGGACCUCUUACAACAACACUGUUAAAAUACCAAUGUAAUCAUGUGUUGUCUUUUAUGUUGAAAAACAAAUUGUAUAAUUAUAUAUGGACAUACGCUCCAUAGUUGUACAAGUAUACAAGGAUAUAUUGUACUUUUCAUAAUAAAACAUACUUGAAACAAGAAAAGCUU